AUGACGAGACCGCGACGCUCGUCGGCCGCGAGCCAGGAGAGCACGGGGACGGCCCGCGACCAGGAGUUGGGGAGCAUGUACGACUAUCUGGCCAAGAUUAUCCUCUUGGGGCCCAGCGGAACGGGAAAAUCCUGCUUGUUGCAUCGCUUCGUCAAGAAUGAGUGGCGGGUCCUCUCAUCGCAGACCAUCGGCGUCGAGUUCGCCAGCAAGAUAAUCAAAGUAGGCACCGGGGCGCGUCGGAAACGGAUCAAGCUUCAGCUCUGGGACACGGCAGGCACCGAGCGGUUCCGCUCCGUCUCGAGAUCAUACUAUCGCGGUGCCGCGGGCGCGAUCCUCGUCUACGACAUCACCUCGCAUGCCUCGUUUCGAGCACUACAACCAUUUCUCAACGACGCGCGCGCCCUUGCGUCACCGAACUUGAGCGUCAUGCUCGUUGGCAACAAGCUGGACCUCGCAUCGGACACCCUCGUCGACACGAGUCUCGCGCCAGCGACGCCCAGCAGCGUCGGGUCCACCUCGACCAUCACCGCGGGCCCCAUGGCCUCAUCCGUUUCUCUCUCGACGUUGAAUACUGUCAGCACGUCCGCUGGACCCAGCACUUCGACUCCCUCGGGUAGGGAUCGGGGCAGCUCCAUCGGGGCGGGGACACAGCAACGUGCGACGAUUGCGCCCGAAGGACGGGAGAUUACAAGCGCAGACGCCAGCCGAUGGGCGAGCCAGGCUGGGAUCCCGGUGGUGACGGAAGCCAGCGCGCUCAAUGGUGAGGGCGUUGACGAGAUCUUUGGACGUCUUGCGCGCAUGAUCCUCACCAAGAUCGAGCUCGGUGACAUCGACCCAGACGACCCGAUGAGUGGGAUCCAAUACGGCGAUGCCGGGGGUUACACAGCCAGCGACGGGGGCAGCAUCAAGAGUUCCAUGACGGGCGGGACCAUGGACGACGGCGCCGGGCUCGGACUGGGCCAAGCGGGCCUGCGUAGGCGGCGCAAGGGAAAGAAUAAGAACCAGAACUGGGGUUUGCGAGAGUGGGAGGAGGUCUUUACGCUGUCGAACAGACGGCGAGGCAACAACUGCUGCUGA